UGAUUCGGCCAGAGCUGCCAGCGGGGUGGCCACCACCGCUGGUUUGUUACAGCUGCUGGAGCGGCCGCGGGCCGGGUUCUCGGGCUCUCUCCCGGGCCCUCGACCUCCAGCCCCGCGCGCAGUCAAGAGGGGUGGCAGGAUGAAUGUGGGCACAGCGCACAGUGAGGUGAACCCCAACACGCGGGUGAUGAACAGCCGUGGCAUCUGGCUCUCCUACGUGCUGGCCAUUGGACUCCUGCAUGUCGUUCUGCUGAGCAUCCCCUUUGUGAGCGUCCCUGUCGUCUGGACCCUCACCAACCUUAUCCACAACCUGGGCAUGUACAUCUUUCUGCACACCGUGAAAGGGACACCCUUCGAGACGCCAGACCAGGGCAAAGCACGGUUGCUGACUCAUUGGGAGCAGAUGGACUAUGGGGUUCAGUUCACAGCCUCUCGGAAGUUCCUGACCAUCACACCUAUCGUGCUGUACUUCCUCACCAGCUUCUACACCAAGUACGACCAGGUCCACUUCGUCCUCAACACCGUGUCCUUGAUGAGUGUGCUCAUUCCCAAGCUGCCCCAGCUCCAUGGAGUCCGCAUCUUUGGAAUCAAUAAGUACUGAGAUUGUAGCCCCUUCCCCAGCCAGGGUGGCAGGGGAAGGGUGGAAGGCCUUUGCUAUAAUGCUGAAGACAGGAGCCUCUGGACACUGCCAGAGCUGGGGGUGUGCCCUGGGCCUGGCUUCCCCCUUGCUUCCCCAGUAGCUGACUUGGAGUAGCUUGUAGUGGGGUUAGGGUGGGGCCCUUGGGCUCUAACCCGUUCUGAAGUUUUUGAUCUUUUCCUUUUGCCUUUUGAAUAGAAAUGCCAUGGGGGUGGUCAGGAAAGGGGCUGGGCUCUCUGGCUGACUGUGGGCCUGAGCAAUUGGGACAGGAAGCCAGGCGAACCCCUGUUGGCUUGUUUACCCUCAGGCAGCCAUAGCACUUUAGCCCCCGGAAAGGGGGCAGAGGGACGGUACAGCUUCUGCAUUGAUUGCCCUCAGUCCUUCAGUGCGUGAAGCGAGACUCUUCUGUAUUAGAACCCCCUGCGCCUUGCUGCCUCUGCCUGCAGUUGGGCUUUGUGGACUUCCUUGUAACCCACCGUGGGUAGGCCAUGGGCAGGGGAGAUUAGGAAAGGAAGAUGGGUUGGUGGGACACCUAGAGGUGGGGACAGGAUGCUGCCACCCUGGUCCUGGGGAGAGGGGUGUUCUGAGCAGGGGUCGGGAGGGGAUAGUAAGUUGGGUCUUAGAAUGGACAAGAUAGCAACAGCCGAUUUGGAUCAGUGUAAAGAGGUCUGGGACGGAGAAGCCAGCCUUGGCCUCCUCUGGGACAUGGACUAGGAGGAGGUCUGGCGUGGAGGGUCAGUUUACCCACAGAAUGAUGCUGAUAGGAGGGAGGCCUCUGUGGCUUUGAAACUCCUGGGUUGGCAUGAGGGUACGCACAGGCUGGAAGGGACCUGUGAGUCCUCAGAAGCUGGUCUGCUCUGACACUUUCUUAGCAGUGGUAUGAGGAAGCUCUCAGAGACGCUCUUCCUUAGCCGUUCAGUUUGUGUUCCUGUGUAGAUUGUGCUGGGGCGGGGCCUCUUGCGUGGCUUGCUUGUGAGUGGUCAGGAGGCCACCUCCACAUGCGGCCAGUGGUCUCCACAGUGCCAUGGGACCCUGCCCAAACAAGGCAGUAGCAGGGACCGCUGUAGGCACUGUCUCCUCAGCCCAGAGAGAGGCAGGUCAGAGCCCGAGGCUAGGCUGGAGAGGAGCUGUCUCUCCCCUCGCUGGUUCGACUGGGGUAUGUUCCUUUGGAAAUGUGUGGCCGCCCCAGCCUCCUCUCAGGGGCCAGAGGAGGCUACUCAUCUGUGUCUCCCCCUGACUCUCCUUCUGAACCCCAUGUAUCACAGGGAACUUUCACCUUCCGGUCUUUCUACGCAAAGUGUGAAUAGGAUUUUUACUCCCUUUGUACAGUGUUCUGAAAAACGCAAAUAAAGAGCAACACGUUCUGUUCA